AUGGGAGAAUCAUCUCGAAAAGAUCGUCCUCGAUCAAGGUCACCCGCAGGACGACAUCGCGACAAGGAUAAGCGAGAUCGUUCUCCCGCAUCAAAACGUGAAAAACACAGUCACAAUCAUCGAUCAUCUCGGCAUGACGACGAUGAAGAUCGACAUAGGAGGCACCGAAAGGAUAAGGAAAGAGAACGAGAUGAGACUGAAGAAGAGAGGAAGGAGCGAAAAAGAGCGAAGAAGGACAAAAAGCGAUCAGAAAAAGGGAUAGAUACAGUAGAUGACGAUUAUGACGAAUCUAUGUGGGUUGAGAAAGGUGCGGAGGAUACGGCAGUAGCAAAUAUUCCUACCUCAGACUCCCUAUCCUUACAGUCCAACCCGUCAGAUCCCAAGCCGAAAGUACCGUUACCAGGGACCACUUCUACCGGUACCCAAGGCAGAGAAAGGGAUUCAUGGAUGCUCGAACCUCUGGAUGGCACAACUUCAACCAUGCCGGCUUUCAGUAACAACAUCCCUCGAAGUGCAGGAAGAGCUGCCCCAGCUGACAGUGGCGGUGAGACUGAAGGCUAUGGCAAUGAAAUAUCUACGAACAGGAAUUUAGGUGGAGGAAUGGAUUUCUUCGAAGGAUUAGGCACAGUACAUGAGAGGAAAGAUCCAAAGGCUGAUUUGCCGGACCCUUCCAAGCUCGUCGUGGACAAGCGGUUCGAGCUGAAUACUCAGUUGCUGGAAGGGAAGAACGUUGACGAGUACGAAGUCAAAGAAAAGAAAGCCACACCCGGUGGACCAGGAUAUCAAUGGAGAAUGAUGAAAUUGAAACGGUUGUUUGAACAAGCAGAUGAACAAGGACGGGAAGUUGAAGAUGUAGCUUUGGAACGAUAUGGCAAUCUAGAGGAAUUCCAAGCAGCCGUCGAAGAACGUCGUAUCGUAGAAGAAAGAGAGUCGAGACGUAAAACGCGUCGUGGUCCAGGAGGGUCUGAUGGAUUCUCAACUCCCGGAGGAGGAUCGUCGGGUAUGCGAACACCAGAUACCAGUGGAAGAAGAUUCAUGUUCACCAACCCUUCUGGUGGGGAUGACUUUGGCACCAGUAGGCCAAGCUCAAGGGCAGGGUUCAGACGGCCCGGCGAGGAGAAUGACUUCCAGACUCCUUCUGGAAGAGUCGAUGAUCUACGUCGUGCAGAAAGCUUUGGUACACCUGGACCUACAAGGGCAAGCGGUUUAGGAACUGCACCAAGGGUUUCUACACCUAUCCCAAGCGUUUUCACUCCUACCACACUCACUCGCUCAGGCUCAGGAUAUCCAUUCAACACUCAAUCCCAAGCGGGACAGAUGCAAAACCCUGAUCCAACAUCUUCCAAACCACCUUUAACGACUGAACAACUAAACAAGCUACAAGCCAAAGUCAUAAGAGCGAAACUCAUGGACGAUCCAAACGCCCUUUCUUUGGAAGAAGAAUACGAAAAUGAACGCAUCAAGUCGGAGAAAGCUGGUGAGAACGGCGGGAUGUGGGAAGGCAGUGGCAAUGAGAAUGGCUUGCAAGGACAACUUGGUAGGACUGACGAGAAAGGGAACAGAGUAGAAGUUCAGGUUCUUCCUACCCUCGACGGUAGAGGAAAACUAUAUGACGUAGGGACUGGUCAAGUGGAUGAUCCCAGUCAACAGCCGGGUAACAGAAGGAAAAAGGUCGAAAAGUUCGAAACAAGAGACAAGGAAGGAAAUAUCCUUCGUUAUAAUGCAGACGACGAUAACCAAUCCCUAGGUGAGCUCGUUCGUCAGGAGAAAUUCGGCGCUGGGUCGCAGGAUCAGAAGAACAUGGAUGCGGAAAUGGCAGCUGCAAUAAGCCGAGAUGCCAAAUUUGCAUCUGAUGUGGAUUACAUGGAUGACAACGUGGAGAAACUGGCAAGAAGGAAGAUGAAAAGCGAUGCCAUGAAACGUGCUUUUGCUAUCAACGACUAUGCUCGUACGAAGAAAGCAUUAGAUUCGUGUCCAUUCUGUUAUCAAGAUGACCGACCUCCCCUCGCUGCCGUUGUCGCGUUAGGUACUAGAACGUACAUGUGUUGUACGCAAUAUGAAGAAUUGGUAUCUGGACAUUGCUUAAUUGUACCACUUCAGCACCAUCUAAGUACGUUGGAGAUGGAAGAUGAGGAUUGGGACGAAGUCAAGAACUUCAUGAAAUGUUUGAUGCGGAUGCACGCUCAAACGAAUCACGGAGUAAUCUUCUUCGAAACUGUUCUAUCAUUUAAACAUCAGAAACAUACUUGUAUUGAAGCUAUACCAGUACCAUUCGAGACUUUUCAGGAUCUACCUGCUUACUUUAGAGAGUCAAUCUUAUCUUCAGAAGGGGAAUGGACGCAACAUAAGAAGAUUAUCGAUUUCUCUUCGAGACCAGGUGGAUUUAGGAGAAUGAUGGUUCCGAAUUUACCUUAUUUCAUGGUUCAAUGGGAUUAUAAAGGUGAAAAGGGAUAUGGUCAUGUGAUUGAAGGUGUUGGUGAAUCUGGUACAGGUGCAGGCGGAGGUCAAGACGAGGAGGCCGAAGGCGAUGUCGGUGGUGCGGGAAGUAAAGAAGAUGAGUUCCCAAGAUAUUUCGCAGCAGAAGUAAUAGGUAAUAUACUAGGAUUGGAACCUCGUAAAUGGAGAAAACCUAGAAAAAUGGAUCACAACAUGAAUAAAGAAAGAGCAAGACAAUUAGGACAGAAAUUCCAACCUUUCAACUGGACUGUUGGACAGGGUGUUUAA